UCCCGUUUCAGUAUCUUUCUUCUCCAUUUUUUUUUCUCUCUCUCUUUUAACGCUUUGUUAUCUUCUUUUAUUCGUACCCAAAUUUUAUUCUCUCUGUUUAAGGAUUCUCCAGCUCUCCUAACAUGUCUUUAGCCGCCUCUCAGAUCCUUUAGUUCUCUCCAGACUCUAUCUAAAUUUGGAUUUCUUCACGGGUUAAUGAAGCCAAUCUAUCUGUCAAUAAGGAGCACAAGACGCUCCAGAUAUCUCUUUGCAUCCACUUUGAAUGUUCUUAUAAAAGGAUUUUAUCCUAGAAACGUUGUCAGAUACAUCAGUAACUAAGCUUUUGCAUAAUUGAAGUCCGUGCUGUUGUUAUAGAUACUUGAUAAGAUGGACCGAGCAGAUACAUCUGGAUUUGUGAGUGGAGGAGGAACACAAUUGGAAUUUCUGCUAUUUCUUUUUUUGUUUCUGAUAUAUAUACCAGUCAGUAGUAUGUAUUAAAGAUUUUUCUUUAAGGUUGGCCUUCUUUUCCUUAGUGCUAUAGUUCACAGAAUCUAGAAAGAAUAUGGAUUUGAACAAGAAUGUACAGUUUUCUCAUCUGUCUGAACUCGCAAAAAAUGAAAAUUUUGGUGAUACCACCUUAUGUCUGAACUUUCUUGGCUACGGAGGAACCAACAAGGCCAGAUUUGGAAGUACUCAAAGCAAUCUUCAUGCUGAUCUUUCUAAUGCACCUGAUGAUGGCUGCAGGUUGGUUCUGGGUUUGGGUCCAACUCCAAGUGUAUACUGCAAUAAUUAUUACAAUGUUGGUCUCAACAAGAACAAAUCGACAGGAGCUUUUUUCACUCAGGGCUUGUCACCUGAGGAUGACUCAAUCCUAAAACUUGGCCUUUCUGGAGGGACUAAGGAAGGUAUGAGUCUGAUAGAAUGUUCUCUCUCAACCGAAACUGAUGCCAGUAUGCCUCUUUCAAACCAGGUUUCUGCAGAUAGCAGACUUUCAGUACCUGUUGUUGAUGAGGGUUCUACUUCGGCCAAGAAAUCUGGUGGCUAUAUGCCAUCACUCCUGUUGGCUCCAAGAAUGGAUAGUGGCAAAGGUUUGGUGCAGACGCAAGAACUUUUUCAGUUUGGAGCUAAAUCUCAUUGUCAUCAAUUUCAUCAAAGUUGUGAGCCUUCUGCUCAGACAGAUUUCUCAGUAGACACACUCUCUGAGCAAACCACUACCAUGACGUCUUCGGAUAACCGAACUAGCAAUUCGAAGAAAUGCAAGUUUGCUGGUUGCGCAAAAGGAGCAAGAGGGGCAUCUGGUCUUUGUAUUGGUCAUGGGGGUGGUCAAAGAUGCCAAAAACCAGGAUGUAACAAAGGUGCUGAGAGCCGAACUGCCUACUGUAAGGCUCAUGGUGGAGGGAGGAGGUGCCAGCACUUGGGUUGCACUAAAAGUGCGGAGGGAAAGACAGAACUCUGCAUAGCACAUGGUGGAGGCAGACGAUGUGGGUUUCCUGGAGGGUGCGCAAAGGCUGCACGAGGUAAAUCAGGGCUUUGCAUUAGGCAUGGUGGGGGAAAAAGGUGUAAAGUGGAAGGUUGCACACGCAGUGCUGAAGGGCAGGCUGGUUUGUGCAUCUCUCAUGGAGGUGGACGUCGUUGCCAGUUCCAGGGAUGUACUAAGGGUGCUCAGGGAAGUACUAUGUAUUGCAAGGCUCAUGGUGGUGGUAAACGUUGUAUAUUUGCAGGGUGUUCCAAAGGGGCUGAAGGGAGCACACCAUUGUGCAAAGGACAUGGUGGGGGAAAGCGUUGCCUCUACAAUGGUGGUGGCAUUUGUCCAAAGAGUGUGCAUGGAGGCACCAAUUUUUGUGUUGCCCAUGGUGGAGGGAAGAGGUGUGUAGUGCCUGGCUGUACAAAGAGUGCACGUGGUCGCACUGAUUGUUGUGUCAGGCAUGGUGGUGGAAAGCGAUGCAAGUUUGAGAACUGUGGCAAGAGUGCCCAAGGAAGCACGGACUUCUGCAAGGCCCAUGGCGGGGGAAAAAGAUGCUCCUGGGGGGAGGGCAAAUGUGAGAAAUUUGCAAGGGGCAGGAGUGGUCUGUGUGCUGCUCACAGCAGUAUGGUGCAAGAGCGAGAGGCAAGCAAGGGAGGGCUCAUUGCACCUGGAGUCUUCCAUGGGCUUGUAUCAGCAGCAUCAACCACAGGAAGCAGCUUUGACUACAAUCACUCAUCCUCAGGGACAAGUGCUAUUUCUGAUUGUAUUGAUUCACUGGAAAAGCCAGCAAGAAGGCAACAUCUCAUACCGCCUCAGGUAUUGGUUCCUUUAUCUAUGAAAUCCUCGUCCUCUCACUCAAGCUUGUUGGGUGCUGAGAAGCAAGUGGAAGGAAGAAAUGGGUAUGGCAUGGGCAUUGGUGGGGGUGUUGGCAACAAAAGCUUUGACUUUAUGAUUCCGGAGGGGAGGGUCCAUGGUGGGGGUCUCAUGUCCUUGCUUGGUGGGAAUUUGAAGAAUCCCAUUGAUGGAAUUUGAAGUCAAAAUUACUUUUGACUUGUAGAAAUCUAGUUUGGGGUUUUAGGUUAUUUUUCGACUGUGGAAAUGUUUAUAAGAUUUGGUUGCUGUCGAAUGACAGAGUAUAUAUAGUUUGUGUUGAUUAAUAGGGGUAUCAUUGUCAUAGUAAUGUUUUUACCAAGGCAUGUGUUUAUCAUCUGGUUUGCUGUCCAGAGUAGCCUCCAAAACUAUCCUAAGAAGCACAGCUUUAGACCGGUGAUGCAGGGUGGUGUAAUUUGUUAAGUUUAAAAAAGGUUUAAUAGACCAUGGCUAUGUGUCUGUUAUUGGCCUAGUUGUUUUUGUUGUU